UUCAAGUCAUCUAAGAAAAUUGCGCAUCUCUAUCUUAUUCAGAUUUGUCCCGCACAAAGUUUGUGCGUUUGGUCUUGUCCUUAAAUUUCUACGAAGUCCCUACUUGCGUCAAGAUGGGUAGGGAGGACAAGGCUACUUGGAAGACUAACUACUUCACCAAAAUCAUCCAACUCCUAGACGAUUACCCAAAAUGUUUCCUUGUGGGUGCCGACAACGUGGGCUCGCAGCAGAUGCAGCAGAUCCGCAUGGCGCUCCGCGGCAGCAGCAUCAUUCUCAUGGGCAAGAACACCAUGAUGCGCAAGGCUAUCAAAGAUCAUCUCGAGACCAACCCGGCUCUUGAGAAGCUGUUGCCCCACAUCAAGGGCAAUGUUGGCUUUGUGUUCACCCGUGGUGACCUUGUAGAGGUCCGUGAUAAGCUGCUGGAGAACAAGGUCCGUGCCCCGGCCCGUCCCGGAGCCAUCGCCCCGCUGUCUGUCAUCAUCCCGGCCCACAACACCGGCCUGGGUCCUGAGAAGACCUCUUUCUUCCAGGCUCUGUCCAUCCCCACCAAGAUCUCCAAGGGUACGAUUGAAAUCAUCAAUGAUGUGCACAUUCUGAAGCCUGGAGACAAGGUGGGAGCCUCCGAAGCUACCCUGCUCAACAUGUUGAACAUCUCUCCGUUCUCAUACGGUCUUGUAGUCAGGCAGGUGUACGACUCCGGCACCAUCUUCGCGCCAGCAAUCCUGGACAUCAAGCCCGAGGACCUGCGCGCCAAAUUCUUGGAGGGAGUUGCCAACGUGGCCGCCGUGUCGCUGUCCAUCGGCUACCCGACCGUCGCCUCUGCGCCGCACUCCAUCGCCAACGGUUUCAAGAACCUGCUGGCGAUCGCUGCCGUCACCGAGGUUGAGUUCAAGGAAGCCACUACCAUUAAGGAGUUCAUCAAGGACCCCUCAAAAUUCGUGGCCGCCGUCGCCGCGCCGGCCGCCGCCGCCCCGGCUGCUGAGAAGAAGGAAGAGGCCAAGGAAGAGAAGAAGGAGGACUCUGAGAGCGAUGACGACAUGGGCUUCGGUCUGUUCGACUAAGCUGUGGUGCCCGCCGGCCGCGUGAGCCAGCGCCGCCGGGUUGGACGCCCAAUGGCGGACGACGGUGACCACGUGUGCUUGACAAUAAACACCACUUGGAAAUA